UCCGUUUCCGUCAUUUUGAGGCAAUGAAAGUUGAUGUUCGUUCGAACAUUGUUGAAAACGAAAUUGUGACUAUAUAUUUGAUUUUAACUGGCAAGUGUUGACUGCUGCGUAAACGGGACUGAAGUCCAAGAUGCAGUGGCAAUGACAUCCCUCGCGCAUGCUGCCAUAGCCUUGUCAGCGUGCUGUAUAUUUUCAGGUCUCAGCACUACACCAAUCGAUCUGUGCCUUUCCUUUAAGAAAGACAGUCAGCCAUGUGAUUGUUGCAGAACAGGAUAUAAGGGCGACAACUGUACUGUUCCCUGUCCCAUAUGUGAACGACGAUUUGUAAAUGGGAAUUGCACCAGAUCCUGCAGUAACAAAACGUUUUUGGGAGACGAUUGUGACAGAUCGUGUCCACCCAAGUGUAUGCGUGGUGGAGUCUGCAAUGACAAAUGUGCUUCUAAAACAUCUGCGGAUUCAAAUUCUCAGGAAUGGACUACCCGCCCUGAACAGACAUUCCAAAAUCGAGGAUUGCAUGCAGACAGUUCCACAAGCUGGAUCUUACAACUAUACCAAGUAAUCAAACUGACAGGCAUUUUCGUCCUGAUUGCUGUGGCAGUAUCGAAAUAUUUACAUUGUCCAAGGGAAAUCGAGUUAUGCUAUAAUUACUGUUGCCGUAAAUGUUUUGUAAAAGGACAGUCACCCAGCGUGCCACUCAGCCAGAGUACGUACGGACCAGCGACAGGGUACCCAUAUGUGUGAUGGGGAAAACAAAUGGAAACUUUAUCAGGAGGAAAGAAUGGUACGUCCGUCCAAACAACCAAAUACGUCCACCAGUGUUUAAGUUCUGCCUUGUUAUAGGGCUGGAGUUGUGCCAUAUGAAACUCCUUAAAGAUAUGUCAAAUACUCCAUGAUGACAAUGUCUAGACUGCGGACAUCAACACCUUAUCAUGAUGGGAGCUGCCAUGUAUUAAUGCCUCGGACCUGUGAGAUCUGCACAAGUGUAUUCAUGACGGUAGCCAGUAUUGCUGUAGAAAUGUUUGAUGUAUCCAAUCUGUCAAGGUUAAUAUUAGUUUUCCGAAAUGGUGGAAAACUUUAAAAUGUUGAAAAAUGGUUUUAUGAUGAUGUACAUAUAAAGAUAGGAACAUAUUAUAGUUAUUUAGAUGUUGUAUUUUCAAACGGAUUAUCAUUGUCAAAAUGUUUGCAAACUUUAGUCCAGAAAGCUAAUAAAGCCCUUAUUCCCAUUAAGCAAUGGCAUUCACAAGUUAAUGAUUAUACACAUUUAGAAUUUUAUUCGUCACUCAAAAAAGCAUUUGUUAUUGAACCGUAUAUUUUAAAAAUCACUUGUAAAGAACUAAGAAGAAUGUUAUCACUAUUAAGAAUUGGAGAAUUAAAUAUCAUGGUGAAUAUUGGAAGAAAAAGUAAUAUUGAUUUUAAUUUUAGAUUGUGUCCUUUUUGUAAGAACAUCAUUGAAACUGAAUUACAUUUUAUACUAUCAUGUCCAUUAUAUGAUUAUAUCAGACAGAAACACAUUCCAAAUAUAUAUUUUAAAUCUCAGUUAUUUAAGCUUAUAAGCUCAGGCAAACUAACUGAUCAUGAUUUACUUCAAUGCUGUAAAUAUAUUAAAGAGGCUAUUACGUUCAUCCCUUUUGUAAUACUUGUUUAAUGUUGCAUCAAUAUGUAUAUUCUAUAUGUCAAUAUUUAUUUGGGCCUGUGGCCUUUAUACUGAAUAGAGAAAUUGAAGGCUAAGAUAUGUUUUCGUUUAAAGGUCAGUGCCUUGUCGUGUCUUAUGUAUUAAGGAAUAGUUUGCAUCCUGCAACCAUUGACGCCAGAGACAUGUCAGAUUUGAUUUCUAUUAAGACAACAGUAACAUCAGAGGGUCCUGUAUUAAUGAACCGCCUCCGUGGUCUAGUGGUAGAGCGUCCGCCCGGAGAGCGGAAGGUCCGGGGUUCGAUCCCCGGCCGCGUCAUACCAAAAGACGUUAAAAGAUGGUGUUUGUUGUUACCCUGUCUGGCGCGCGGCAUUAGGGGGCUAAAACAAGGAUUGGUCGGCUCGGAGUCAGUACUGCACUAUCACCGCAUGCGUCUAUAUUAAGCUUAAUGAUGCUCGUCAGCUCGAUACCCCUGCUGGUGGUCAACAUGUUCAACCUGCGUCAGUUAAUGCUUGACUCCCACAAUAAGCUGACACUGGUGAUUCAUGAACACGUGCUUAUGAUAUGGUUUGGAAUCUCUGCAGCAGUGUCGUUUUCACGUUGUAUUUUGUUUUAUUUAAGAAGUCAAUAAAAAGUUAUACAAAAACAUUUCUUGUUUGUGUCAAGCAGGUUUGUGGGCAACAGUAUUAUUCAUGGUAUUCACUUUGCCUGUCCUUUGUGUAUGUAAUAAUUGUAGAUUUUACACAUAAUGUCUGAUGAAUUGAAAGCAGACAUGUAAGCUGAGGCUUUGAAAUAAAGGUUUUUUUUACGUUACGAAAUAACGAGAGAAAAAAUAAGAUCGUUUUGUACAGUCUGCACGCUGACGUCAAACGUCUUUAUGACAUCACAGCUCAAGUGUAUGCUAGCACCCAUGAGGACCCUUUUCUCCUGUUGGGUCACAAAUAUUAAAAUGUUAAUUACAUUCUCAUGUGGAGAAUAUAUGUAUUGUUUAUAAAUCCCUACUAUUCAACAAGUUUCAUUAUGUAAAUGAAAUAACUGAAAGGGAAAAUAAUUGUCAUUAAAUGUAUUUUAUUUUUUUUAUAAAUGUGACAAUGUGACAAGCGUACCUCUGUUAUCUCCAUUUCAUCUUGCAUCGAAUCUGUGAUACCACUGUGAUAUGAUCUAUACUGUGACGUUCAUAUAAUUAUAAUAUAUGUUUAGAGGGUAUAAAUAUUCUCCUUCUACGUCUCCUGAAUAAAGCGGGUUCCAAACCCACGAAAAGUC